UUGUGUGACUUUCUUCUCCCAAAACACACAAGAGACUGAACUCAGCUCAGUCUUUGUAUUUGUCAUAAGUCAUAACGCGUUCCAUCAAUUUGAACACAGCCAUUGAAUUGAAGAGGAGAGAGAAUGAAUCUGCAGCCUCUGGUGCGUAGCAGAUGCUGCACUGUCUCUCUUCCUCACACCCGCUCUUUCAAUCUCAGCACAAAAGUACCACCAUCUUCAAAUCUCACAUUUGGGUCGUCCCUCCAUCAACGCCCACUUUCUGCCUCUCCUGCGAAAAGGGGUGUCCUUCAACUCGUCGCUGCUUACUCAAGAGGCAGAGAAUCAGCCCCUGAGUCUCCGGCGAAAGCGCUCCGCCGAAUUCUUGACUUGCCAGGGGUUCAUCAAGCCCCUGCUUGUUUUGAUGCUCUAAGUGCCAAGUUGGUUGAAAGAGCUGGCUUCCAGUGCUGCUUGACCAGUGGAUUUUCGAUAUCGGCUGCUAGAUUAGGAUUGCCAGAUACAGGUUUGAUAUCCUAUGGAGAAAUGGUGGAUCAGGGGCAACAAAUUACCCAAGCUGUGUCAAUUCCUGUUAUCGGGGAUGGGGAUAAUGGAUACGGGAAUGCAAUCAAUGUUAAGAGAACUGUCAAGGGAUAUAUUAAAGCCGGUUUUGCUGGGAUUCUGCUUGAAGAUCAGAUCUCUCCAAAGGCUUGUGGUCAUACGAAAGGCAGGAAAGUGGUCUCAAGAGAGGAGGCUGUGAUACGGAUAAGAGCAGCUGUUGAUGCUCGGAAAGAGAGUGGCUCUGACAUUGUCAUUGUAGCACGAACUGAUUCUCGUCAAGCAGUGUCUUUGGAUGAAGCACUCUGGAGGUCAAGGGCAUUUGCUGAUGCUGGAGCAGAUGUUCUUUUCAUUGAUGCACUAACUUCUAAAGAAGAGAUGAAGGCUUUUUGUGGAAUAUCUUCCCCAGUUCCAAAAAUGGCCAAUAUGCUUGAAGGAGGGGGCAAAACACCAAUACUCAAUCCUCUUGAACUCGAGGAUGUUGGAUAUAAACUUGUGACCUAUCCACUUUCCUUGAUUGGGGUUUCUAUUCGAGCAAUGCAGGAAGCACUAGCUGGUAUCAGAGGAGGUCGUAUCCCUCCUCCUGGAAGCAUGCCAUCCUUCGAAGAGGUUAAGGAAAUCCUAGGUUUCAACAAUUAUUAUGACGAAGAAAAGCGGUAUUCUGCCAGCAUCACUCCACUAUCUUCAGAAAGAUUGACCAGUAAUGUGUACAGUCUCCAAAGGAGGGUUAAAGAUGAUGCAGAGCAGAAAGAUCAGAGUCCUCAAGAUCCCAUUGUUGAAGUUAUAACACCUGACGUCUACAAUAACUAUGGUGCAGAUGGUUCCAGGGGUUCAUUUUCUGGGAUCUGGUCUCGGACGUUGAGGGUCAAAAUAACUGGAAGAGAUGGAUUUGAGAAACUUGAUGUUAGGAUUCCUGCUGGAUUCUUGGAUGGAAUCACAAAUAUAGUUCCAGCUCUCGGCGGUGUAAACAUCAAAGAACUGUUGAAUGAGGCAGCUGAUGAAAUGGGAGGGAAAGUGCUGUUAGAUUUUAAUGACACAAUUGGUGAUAGGAUUCAAGUUUUUCUAGAGUAAAUCCAAUGCGGUUUUACCUGUUUAAUGCUAAAGGUAUUCUCUGUAUAACAUGAACGGUCCUCCAAGACGUUUUGUUUAUUGGGUAUUCUCUUAUGAGACAAUUUCUCAAAUUGGGUAGAAAAAUACCAAAUGCAGAUGCAAGUGUUUAACUUCUA